GAUGUGGUGGAGAACAGCCCCCAGAGUGCCAGGAAAACCCUCGCUAAGUUCCACAAGCUGGGACACAUGCAAAUGGUGGUGCUCUGCAUGCACUCGGUGCUGCUGGGCGGGCAGACCCAGCGGCUGCUCCUGGAGACGGCCUACGACAUGCGCAUGAGCGACGGCGGCCUGGCCUUCGUGCCCUACGACGCGCUGCUCUUCAGCCUGCCGCACCGCAACGUCUCGUACGACGCGCUGCGCACCAACGGCAAGCUGAGGCGGGCCUACGACGCCGUCCUGACCGUCACCGUCGAGUCGGCGGCGGCGGGCGACUUCUACGAGGCGUACGGGGCAGCGGUGGCGAGCGGCGAGGUGGGCAAGGCCUGGAAGCCACAACAGGUCUCUCCUCUCUUUGGGACAAUCUACAACUCUGUGUUGCUCAUGGCCUACGCUCUGCGGAGCCUCCGGGACUCAGGGGAUUGGCUGUCUGGAGGGAACCUGGCCCGGCACACACAGAACCUGGAGCUAGAGGGUUUCAGCCAUCCAAUCAGAACCAACGGUUCCAGCACUGCUCUGCUGAACUUUGUGGUUCUGGACACCGAUGGCCUGUCCUGGGAGCUGAGGCCAACGCACAGGGUGGAGCUGGAGGGCAACAUGGUGCACUUCCUGGGCAGAGACAUCCACUUCCCCAACGCAUACGGACCCAGCCAGGACGCCGCCUGCUGGUUCAACAAGGGGCCCCUCUGCUCUGCAGGUGUGAACUUGAUCCUGGCCGUCAGCAUCUUCCUUGGCGUCAUGGUUACCAUCUUUCUCCUGAUGGCUCUGAUGUACUGCGUGAGGCGACGCAUCAUUCAGAUCCGACUGGUCCGGGGCCCCAACAGGAUCCGGCUCACCCUGGCCGAUGUGACCUUCAUCAGCGCGUCGCUUUGCAACAAGAUGCUGAGCAUGAGUGACAGCAGGACCAGCGAGGCCAAGCUCAGUGUCAACGAACACAGCGUCAGGUCCAACGUGUCCGAGCAAUCCCCCGCCACGCACGAGAACUCCAACGUAGCCAUCUAUGAGGGAGACUGGGUGUGGCUGAAGAAGCUUCCAUCCGGAGCCUUCAAGGGCCUAGACUCAAACACCAGCAUUGUGUUUGAACUGAUUCAGGACCUCCGCCAUGAGAACAUCAACCCCUUCAUGGGCUUCUUCCAGGACUGUGGCGUGUUCGCCAUGGUAACGGAGUUCUGCUCCCGCGGCAGCCUGGAGGACCUGCUGCUGAACGGGGAGGUGAAGCUGGACUGGAUGUUCAAGUCCUCCCUGCUCCUCGACCUCAUCAAGGGCAUGAAGUACCUCCACAACCGGGGCGUGUGUCACGGCCGCCUCAAGUCCCGGAACUGCGUGGUGGACGGCCGCUUCGUUCUGAAGAUCACCGACUGCGGCUACAACGAGGUGCUGGAGGCCCAGCGGUUCAGCCCCCCAGGGCCCCCUCCCCCUGAGGACCUGCUGUGGACGGCUCCCGAGGUGCUUCGAGGUGGGCAUCCCGGUCUCCACGGCAACAAGCACGCCGACGUGUACAGCUUUGGCAUCAUCAUGCAGGAAGUGGUCAUCAGGGGGCCGCCGUACUGCAUGCUGGACCUCACGGCCACAGAGAUCCUGGAGCGUGUGACCAAGCCUCCUCCCCUCUGUCGGCCCGUGGUCAGCCCGGACUACGCCCCCGCAGAGUGCAUCCACCUGAUGAAGCUUUGCUGGAGCGAGCAGCCAGACAGGAGGCCGGCCUUCGACGAGAUCUUCAACCAGUUUAAGGACAUCCACAAGGGUAGGAAGACCAACAUCAUAGACUCGAUGCUGCGUAUGCUGGAGCAGUACAGCUCCAACCUGGAGGAGCUGAUCAGGGAGAGGACUGAAGAGCUGGAGAUAGAGAAGCAGAAGACUGAGAAACUACUCACGCAGAUGCUGCCCAAGUCCGUGGCACAGGCCCUGAAGAUGGGCACCACGGUGGAGCCCGAGGACUUUGAGUCGGUGUCCCUGUACUUCAGCGACGUGGUGGGCUUCACCACCAUCUCAGCCCACAGCGAGCCCAUCGAGGUGGUGGACCUGCUCAACGACCUCUACACGCUGUUCGACGCCAUCAUCGGAAACCACGACGUGUACAAGGUGGAGACUAUCGGCGAUGCGUACAUGGUGGCCUCUGGUGUUCCCAUACUGAACGGAGACCGGCACGCCGCCGAGAUCGCCAACAUGGCCCUGGACAUCCUCAGCGCAGUGGGAACAUUUAAGAUGAGACACAUGCCCGACGUUCCACUCAGGUUACGCAUAGGACUACACACAGGUCCGUGUGUAGCAGGAGUCGUCGGUCUUUCCAUGCCUCGCUACUGUUUGUUUGGCGACACAGUGACCACAGCUUCCCGCAUGGAGUCCAGCGGCAUGCCCCAAAGGAUCCACGUGCACCAGAGCACGGUGAAGAUCCUCCUAGACCUCCGCCUGGGGUACAAGUUCACGCUGAGGGGUCGCACCGAGGUCAAGGGUAAGGCAGAGGAGACCUACUGGCUGGUGGGCCGAGAGGGUUUCGACAAACCAAUGCCUAUUCCUCCAGAAUUCAAGCCAGGGCAAAAGGCCCAAACGCUGCAGAUGGAGGAGAUUGCGCAGUACAAGAAGCGCAAGGCCCAGCAGCAGCAGCAGCAGCAGCCCGCGAGUAAGAAGAACUGAGGUAAUAUCAGUCAUGUUAUUGGUUAUGCAUACAACGGAAAGUC